AUGUCUGCCCCAACUAUCAACGGCAACCCGUUCUCCGUCUCGUCCCUCCCAGAUGACCCUCAGAGUCAGCAGAGGUCUGGCGAGAACAGACUCAAUCAUCUGCCAGAGAACACCAACUACAUUGUCCUCGAAACCCAAGACCCUCUCAAGAGGCCUGAGAAACAUACCCUCAAAGAUCUACAUGUCGAUCUGCAGGAGUACCUCGGUGGCAACACGUGGCUCUGUCGCUAUGAACCCACGGACAUCAAGUCCCUUCGUGACCUUGCUUUUGUCAAAGAUGCAAAGCCUUUGCAUCCAGAGCUGAAACUUGAACCUGCCCUCAAGUCUUCUGAUGGUGCAGCUCGCACCGUUGACAUUGUCCUCCAGAGUCGUGCAGACGACUCUGCUGAGGAUAUCUCCCAGCGUAUCCAAGAUUCCCUUGGCAUCUCGCCUGAGGAUAUCACCAUCAGAGAUGGUAACUCUAUCAUUCGUCUGACAGGCAAUAAUGAUAAGUUGCAAGAGAUCGCCAAGAUCGACAGCGUUGGCUCUAUCCAGCAGGUUCACAAGCUCACGUUUUUCAACAACGUGGCUCGUGAGAUCCUCCAUGCUGAUGUCACUGGAUCCUCCCCUAACACCACCAUCUUCAAAGGUGCAAAUCAGAUAGUCACCGUUGCUGACACUGGGUUUGACACUGGUGAUAAGAACAAGACCCACGAAGCUUUCACUGGUCGUGUUCAGAAACUCAUCCCCAUCGGCAGAUCUUCCAAGACCAACGACCCCGAUGGACACGGUACACAUGUCUGCGGUUCUGUUCUCGGCGAUGGGCACUCUGAAAGAAUGGGAGGUCCAAUCCAGGGCACUGCACCAGAAGCGACUCUCAUUGUCCAAUCUCUGCUGGACAGUCGCGGUGGCUUGUUCGGUCGAUCUGAGAAGACUCUUGGCGAUCUACUCAGAGAGGCCCUCAAUCACCAGUCUUUCAUUCAUACCAACUCGUGGGGUCCUAUGUGGACAGAACAACUUACCUACAAUAACGCGAGUACAGAUCUCGACAACUUCGUUUCCACUCAUCAAGAGAUGACAGUUUGCUUCGCUGCUGGUAACGACGGUGGUGAGAAGACUGACCUUGGCCACAUUGGUGCACAAGCAGCGGCCAAGAACUGCAUCGCGGUUGGGUCAAGCGAUAACCGUCGCAAAGCUAAGAACAACCGAUUCGACGCCUUCAAGGCCGAUGGAGUUGUUGAAGGUGACCCCAAUAACAUCUCUUGGUUUAGUAGUCGUGGGCCUACGCUUGAACGCCGCAUCAAGCCUGAUGUUGUUGCGCCAGGUACCAUGAUUCUUUCGGCAAAGUCAAGAGACGCGAAGCCAAGUGACCAGUUCGGUCGCUCGACUGACCCAGCGUGGACAUUUAGUUCGGGCACCAGCAUGGCUACUCCGCUUGUCGCAGGUUGUGUUGCCGUUCUUCGAGAGACACUGCAGAAGGAUGGAGUCGCCUCCCCGAGUGCCGCGUUGCUCAAAGCCUUGCUUGUCAACGGCGCUGUGAGUACGGGCAAAAAGGUUGAAGCCCAGGGUUUCGGCCGUGUCGAUCUCGCAAACUCUGUCAUCCUGAAGGGCAUCACUACCAACAAGGGCUACCUGGAGGGGGAACUUCUCGACGAGGAUGACCAAGAUGAAUUCGUCAAGACACUAACCCUUGGAGAUCUUCUUAUGCCUGAUGGACCAGACUCGGAGGCUGUUACGUUGAAGGUCACAAUGGUGUACUCCGAUCUUCCUGGCGCUGCUCUGCAGAACAACAUCAAUCUUCAGGUUGCUGUUGGCGACGCGCCGAGCAGAUUCGGAAACCUGGGUGAUAGACCUGAUGAUGUUAAUAAUGUCGAGCAGGUUGUUUGGAGCGGUAUUCCUGCUGACGAGAGGGAGACCAAGAUCACGCUUAAUGUGUCUGCGCCAAGGACUAUGUGUGGGGAUAAGCAAGCCUUUGCUCUGGUUUGGAGUGUGAACUGA